AUGGAUGUGCCGGACGAACCCUGGGAGAUCCCCCGUGCCGCGGCUUCCAACGAGAAGCCGCUCCCCCCCCGCGACGAGUGGACCAGCGCAGACCGGGUUCAGGGCCAGAUCGACGCCAUUGAGAACGACUGCGCCUACAUCAAGGAGACGAUAGACGUCGUCCUCCGCGACCACGACCUCUCCAUGCUCCGCCAGGCCGCCACGCGCAUCGAGUUCGCCCUGCGCAUGUUGAGAUUCGAUCUUGCGAAUUACGCUGCUGACCACGCCGGCGUGGUCAAGAAGCUCAAGGCUGAGCUCACGGAGACGAAGGCUGGGAUAGACGGGUUGGCCAAGAUGGCGAGCCACUUCGACGCGAACAUGAAGGGCGAGUCGGACGCUUGGGCGGCUCGGGCGGGCGCCGCCGGCACAGACAUGGAUCAAGCUGGCAACACCAGCACGACCGAAACUGGGCCCCUUGGCUCUGGUCAGGGCCCAGAGUCCUUCCGAGACGACUGGCAGCCAGCAUGCUACCGCGGCACCGAUACCAAUCCCAAGAAGAUCUUUUGGCGCGCCAAGAUGACCGGACCGAGAUGGGCUUGA